AUGGCGGUUCUUGAAGGCUUGGUCAUCCCGGAUUCAUAUACGAUCGGAUGGAUUGCACCUCUGCCUAUCGAGCGUGCCGCAGCUAUUUCGAUGCUUGAUGAGCGCCAUGAAGAAUCUCAUGACUUUACUCAGCACCCAUCUGACGAAAACCCAUACACCUGGGCAAUUACGACAUCCGGCCUGCUCUCCUCUCCGUCCCAGAUCAAGAUCAGUCUUCUUGUAGCACUUAGUGGUGGUAUCGCCCGCCCUGAGCAAGGUCGAGAUAUUCGGCUCGGCAAUGUUGUUGUGAGUGAGCCUCAAGCAACAAGCGGUGGCGUGAUUCAAUACGAGCUUGGAAAGGCACGAGCCGGUUCAAAUUUUGUAGAGAAGACAAUAUUUAACAGAGCUUCAACUGGCCUAUCCUUUUAA